UCAGUUAGAGUUUACAGGAGGUGGACAAUGUUGGUCAGUGUAUUUUUGUACCCGUUGUUCCUGUCUUUAAACGCGCCUGUUAAGGCAUCAAGCAGCUUCUUUAAGCUUGAAAAAGGAGACCAAAAUGGUAUAAAUACUGGCAUUUCAAAGAUGCAUUUUAGGUGUGAUCGCGACCAAAGUUGUGCAUACACUAAAAUCAACAAGGUGACACAAGAGUUUCAGCUUUUAACAGAGAAUUACGUUAUCAGUGAGGCAGACGAAGAUACAGAAACAGUUUGGAGAAAAGUUUUACAGAUUUAUCCUUCCUGCAAAGAGGCCUUACCAGGGAACCUUAACAAUGGGGUAUACUGGAUUCAGCACAAGAAUAUGCAAGAACCAAUAAAAGUCAAAUGCAAAAGAGAGACAGGAAAUGUUCUCGCAGUAUUUGAUCACGACAGCGAAUCACGCAUAGUGGCUAAAGGGUUUGAAGACCCUGGAUCGUAUCGGCAUAGAAUCACCUACACGACUCGACUUCAAGACUUGACAAGCUUUGUCGACUCCUCACGUCAAUGCCGCCAGUUCACUAGAAUUGAUUGCAUCUCAAUGGGUUUGUAUUUACCUGCGAUGAGUACCCCAUUUAGUGGAUACCUCGUGGAUAGAAGCGGGAGUAGAAUGGAUUAUAUUGGCGGUGGACCAUCAAAUGGAAGAGGAUGCAGUUGUGGAAUAAAUGGUACAUGUGCAAAAAGUUCAUAUCUUUGCAACUGUGAUGUCAAUGAUGAGGUAUGGCGAUUUGACGAGGGAUUUGUCACCGACAGCAAGAGGCUGCCAAUAACUGAAGUGAGGCUUGGAGAUACAGGUGGUGCGUCUGAAGAAGGUGCCCAUACCAUUGGGAAACUUAUCUGUGAAGAGUGGCCAUAAGCAUUCAUUAAAGACUGCCACCAUUUCAAAAUCAAAGGUGACUUCUAUUAGUUGCAGAUGGAAAGCAAAAAUGGUUACAGCUGGCAGUGACACAUAGUAGAUGUUUAAAGAGAUAAAGUUUAACACAACACAUGGGUCAUACAAAAGAGACAAAAGUCUUUGAAAAAAGCAGAAAAUAUAUUUGACUCAUCACUACAAAAUUCUCAGUUUUCGAAUAGAGAAGUUAUAAUAAAUUUUCCACCAUGAAUACAGUGCAUUAUCUUGAAGCAAAGAAUAGUUAUAAAGACUCAAAGAGAAAUUUUUCAAAGGAAUUCAUUACUUGCCUUGCAAAAUGUAAAAAAUCUUAUAAUCUUUUUAUGUUUAAUUGUAUAUAUUCAAGACUUAAACAAAUUAUCUAAGAACCUCUCCACUAAUUCUACAAGUGGAAAUGACUCUAAAGUUCUAAUAGAACGCUUUUCGUUUAAAACUAUUUCAAUUUUUGCUUACAUUAAGAAUUGACAAGGUCUUUGCAACCACCCUGACUAAAAUCCAACAAAAUUAAUAAACACAGCUUUCAUCUCGCAAUGGCAAAUGAUAUAUGGUGCGGGGACGGUUUAAUGGCUAGGGUCGCUUACUAAAGAUUCAAAGAUCCGUGGUUCCAGUCCUUAUUGUGACCAAAUUUCUCUCAGAGCGAGGAGAGUCGUCAGCUCUCUGUAACUCAAGGCGUAGGAAUUACGAGGUGUGGUCACAUAGAGAGGAAGGGAAAGAUUUUCAGCGUGAUAAGAACUACCUUAGGUACCAAAUUAUAUAAUACAAUAUAUGAAGCAGUUCUAUUUCAUAUGGAUCAGCCAAAUCUGAAAUUUCCGUUUUCUGUUAAGCUUUGAUAUAGAAGCGCCACAAGGUUCAGCUAUGGAGCCUAUCUUCUUCAGUUCUUUGUACUUAGUAUCUAUUCAAUAGCGUAUCUAAAUUUAUUUUGAUUUUGAAGUUAUACAGCGGCAAACAUAGACUUGUUCAUGGUAUUUUAUCAUUUUAAAUUUGUUUUGUCAUCUAGAGUUCUAGAUUUAGGUUAAGCAUAAAAUUUGGCAACGUUUAUUACAUCGUCUGCUUUGUAACAGUACAGGAUUUAUCGAAGAAGCGUAAGAUUUUUGCAAUGGGUAUGAAAUAAUAUGAAUAGAGGAUCUUUACAAAGAAUCACGUAAAAUUUCUAUUGAAAUUUUUGGUACUCUACGUAUGAUAUUGUACAUUACCAAAAAUUUUAGUAAACUCAUUACCUUCUUAGAACAUCAAUUAAACAAUAUAAAAGUACAUCAAAAUUGAUAAAGAUUGUAGGUUACUCAUCCAUUCUUAGAGGAACAGAUUCUCAAAAUUAAAAAGACUACAGAAUUCUUUUCUUGGGUAUGAGCCAACACGCUCAUCAAUAUACCAUCAUCUCGUGAUAGUUAGUAAACACUGUUUUGAAUGCAAAAAACAGAAUCUGUGCUUGGGCAAAUCUGGAAAUCUCAAACCAGUCGCUAAAAGGAGUCAAAUAAUUUUUGCAUUUACCCUGAUCAUUGUGUUUCAUUUAUUCUUAUUUUGCCAAUGAUAAACAUGUUUCUUCAACUGCAAUGCGUCAUAAAGCAAAAUAGUUUUUGAUUCUCAGCCAUACGUAAAUCCUCGAAUUGCACUCCCACGAAAAAUUCCCCCUUCGAAUAAGUCCCCAUCCUAGAGCAACAAAUUGUCAAUAACCCCCUCCCCCUAGAAUAAGCCCACACGGUUGCUUUCGGCGUUUUGUUGAACUGUUUCAGUGACAUGCUUAAGAUAAUUUUAUAAGCCCCCCUCUACUCAUUAAAGCCCCUCUCAUCGUAUAAGCCCCCAUCCAAAAAUAUCCAAAAAUAAAGCCCCCAGGAGGAUACAUCGGGAUUUCCGGUAUAGAAAAAAGAUGUUAAUCCGCGUGUACGUAAAAAUUAAAUGACUAGCUUGUAUUCGAAUCAAGUAGACAUUCAACAAUGUACAGUAUAAAUUAUUAUCUAUCGUAUAUUAUUAACUGAAAUUUCAAAAACGUUGUGCAAUAAUUAAUUAUUACGAUAUAUCAACAUUUGAAACGAUGCCAGUAUGGAACUUCACCAUAAUAAUCUAUAUCUUUCAUUGUUACAUUCUGAAAGAAACCAGGGCAUAACUGAUGAAACAUAUUUAUUUAAUAAGACAUCUAGCUAACAUCUUUUGACAAAUUCUAUCAAACGAAAUUUUGACUUCUGAGGAAAUGUAUGGUAAACACAAGGAGCACAUCUCCUCCUCAGCCACUUCAAGCGUCAAAUUCAUGACAUGUGUUUUAUAGUAAAUUUUCUCCCAAGGCUCUUAGACAUUGAAAGACUUAACCAUUUUUGUCUUUUCAUGAUCUUACAACAUUUUUUCUUUCAAAGUAAACUUUAUUUCACCCUUUCCUUUCUAGACUUUUCUACCUCUUCUAUGCGUUGGCGUUGUUAUAGGUCCUCGGGUCUUUUCCUAACAUUACCAACAAGAAAGAUACGACUGGAUUUUAUAGUCAUUCAUUUUUAGCUAUAUCAAUAUCAUAUGAUUUUAUUGAACAAAAUUUAUCUAGCAGCACUGGUUAACUGAUAAUAUCGGCAAUUCAAUUAAAGAUUUCAUAAAGAUGACCUCUAGAAAAUUAAUUUUUUCGGAGAUUAAUUUUUUAGAUUGAUUUUUAGAAAAUCGCAGCUUAAUGAAAUUGAUAACCAGUACGACGACAAAAAAAAAACAUGAUGCAUUCGAUAACUUUUUGUUAAAUCGCAAAAGCUAAACAAAGGGGAUCGCAAAUCAUGAAUUUUUUCCGACUUUCUUUCCCGGAUUGUUUUCUUUGUUGGGCCUUUAUUCCUUGUUUAUUUCUC